CAAGGCUUUUAGGUUACCAACCAGGUGUCACCGAUAAGACAUGUGCAGAACUCUAGAAUAAUAUCUUCCGCCAGCUGUCCUUUUAAAAUAUCCUAUGUAUAUAAUCGACUAACGUGUGUAUCCACAAAGGGGUUUUCAUUAUCACGCGGUGGAUGACCAAAUGGGAUGUUGCAAUCCCGUCACGUGAUCCAGGUGUGGCAUGUGUACAUUACCACGAGGAGGUGAGGUGGGGUGAGGUUUCUUCAACGUCGCGUUCAGGAUUUCAACAUUUAUAUAGCGGCGUCCACAGUGAGGUCGAAGGAGGGCGACUCAGCAAGUUCAACAUGGCCUUCUUUCCGCAGCUCCGGCUGCUUAUGUGGAAGAAUUUCCUUCUACAACGUAAAAAGAUUUGUGUGACAGUCUUUGAAAUUCUCUUACCUCUACUAUUUGGAGUGAUAUUCUUCAGCUUUAGAUUUAUGAUACCGGUUACUCAUGAACCAGCGAGGGUGUAUUCCUCCAGGGCGGUGAAUCGUCGAUUUUCGUACUAUUCCAAUGACCUUGUUCUGUUCACACCCAACAACACCCUCAUCACUGGACUGAUUACAGGUAUUAACGAAACACUCAUCAACCAAACCUUUAGGUUUAAUCAUUAUUCAGGCUUGCCUACGUUCAAAGGAUUUUCAUCGAGAAAAGAUAUGCUGGACUACUUCAGUUACAAUUCUGAAGAAGUUGGCUUUGCUGUUGAAUUUGAAAACGUUGCAAUGACAGACACCGUCAUGCCCAAGAAAUUGCGAUGUGCCAUUCGUCCCAAAGGGGACCAAUAUGGGGGUUCGUGGCACACCACGGAGACCACACCCUUCGUGGCUAGUGCAGGACCAAGAGGUGGUUCCGAUCCAGACUAUGAGGACUUUGUGGUUCUGCAGCGUAUAUUUUAUGAAGCCAUCAUCAAACAUUUCAACCCGAACUCAAUCGCUAUACUGCAAGACCUGAAGGUUCAAAUGCUGCGAAUGCCCUACCCGCCCUACAUCGAUGACACCAUGACACUGCUGCUGCAGUACACGUUUCCGGUGUUGCUGAUGCUGAGCUUCAUCCUGAUGGCCAUCCAGACAACAAAGGGAGUUGUUUACGAGAAGGAAAGAAAACUGAAAGAGUCCAUGAAGCUGAUGGGUCUGAGUGCUGCAGCUCACUGGACGUCUUGGUUUCUGACCAGCUUUAUAUAUGUGUUGGUAAUCAUGGCGCUGUAUACUCUGUUGUGUGGCAUUAAUGCAAGUGGAAAUGGAGCUGCUCUGGCCAAAUCAGAUCCCUCCCUGUUCUUUGUGUUCCUCCUCUGUUACGGCGUCUCCAUCAUCUCCUACUGCUUCAUGAUCAGCGUCUUCGCUCAAAGGGCAAACAUCGGAGCAGCAAUCAGCGGGAUCGUGUUCUUCAUAUCCUAUUGCCCGUACUUCUACCUGCAGAUCAUAUACCAGAACAUGUCCAGGCCAGCUAAACUGGCUUCCUGUCUUCUGAUUAAUGUGGGAAUGGCGUUUGGAGCAAAGGUCAUAACACUCUACGAAGGAGCUGGCUCGGGUGUGCAGUGGUCUAAUUUUCAUGAGCCCGCUACUGUGGAUGACAACUUCUCCCUGCUGGAUGCCAUUUUGAUGUUGCUAGGCGACACAGCAAUUCACCUUCUCAUCACCUGGUAUAUAGACAAUGUUUGGCCAGGGGAGUUUGGUGUGCCGAAACCAUUCUAUUUCCCUUUCACUGCUUCUUACUGGUGUGGAACUAAGCAGAGUAAUGCCGAUUAUUCAAGCAAUCAGCACUUGGAUGAGAAACACUUUGAAAAGGAACCAAGUGGUAUGAAAACUGGAAUAUCCAUCCAAAACCUCAAAAAGAUUUUCGGCUCUGGAUCUAAGAAGAAGGUAGCUGUGGAUGGGAUGAGUCUCAACAUGUACGAGGGUCAGAUCUCUGUCCUCCUGGGUCACAACGGUGCUGGAAAAACUACAACCAUGUCUGUUCUUACAGGUUUCAUCCCUGCAUCUGGAGGGACCGCCAUUGUGAACGGUUAUAACAUCAGCAAUGACAUCCAGAGUGUCCGGCAAAGUCUAGGUCUCUGUCCGCAACACAACAUCCUGUUUGACAGCUUGACUGUUGAGGAACAUCUUGAGUUCUUCGCCUGUUUGAAAGGUUGUCCGAGCAAAAAUGUUCAAUCUGAUGUUACCACCAUGAUGAAUGAAGUUGGUUUGAGUCUGAAGAGAUUCACUCAGUCUCAGCAUCUUUCUGGAGGACAGAAGAGGAAGCUUUCUGUAGGCAUUGCUCUGAUUGGAGGAUCGAAGAUCGUGAUCCUGGACGAACCGACUUCCGGUAUGGAUCCUGCAGCCAGGAGACAGACAUGGGACAUCCUUCAGAGGAACAGACAGGGCCGGACCAUGCUGCUGACCACUCACUUCAUGGACGAAGCUGACCUUCUGGGUGACCGCAUCGCCAUCAUGGCAGAAGGGGUGGUCAAGUGCUGCGGGACAUCGUACUUCCUGAAGAAACUCUAUGGAGCUGGCUAUCACCUGGUGAUGGUGAAGGGACCAACCUGUCAGGUGGCAUCAGUGACGGCAGUUGUCCAGCAAUACGUCCCUACAGCAGUCAUGGAGAGUGAGAUCAAUGCUGAACUCUCCUACUUGCUGCCUGAUGACCAGUCAGCCAACUUUGCUGCUCUCUUCACGGAGAUUGAAACCCAGAGGGAGAAGCUUGGCAUAUCCAGUUUUGGCGCAAGUGCAACCACUAUGGAGGAAGUGUUCCUCAAAGCUGGCGAGGAGGAGCAAAAGAAGGAUGGAGAUGUCAAUGAAGACUACCCAACAGGAUCAAGAAACAAUUUGAUAUCUAACGAAACAAAUGGCUUGAGCAACGGCAACUAUGAAAUGAGAGAGGCGGGGACGGCAGAUAUAUUAGCAUUCAAUAAGGGAUUCACCAAAACCAGAGGAAUAAUGUUGGAGCUGUCUCGCUUCAGAGGAUUGUUUGUAAAGAAGGCUCUUCACACAUUGAGGAAUAGGACCAUCACCAUUGUCCAGCUUCUGUUGCCAGUACUUUUUGCUAUUGCUGCUCUGGCAAUCAGCAAGGUAGACCCAGGCGAAGUAGUCGAAGUUCCAUUAACUCUAGACUUGGCACCAUUCAAAGGCACCUACGUCCCAUAUAAAGGAGGUUCUGGACCACUACCACAGACACUUGCACAGGCAUACCAUGAUCAAUUUGCAGGAUCUGAAAACAAACCUGAGAUGAUGUCGACAAAUAAUAUGACAAGCUAUUUCUUAUCAAGAGGAAAGGAUCUUGGUGUUGGUGGAUACAACAAGAAAAUGAUAAUUGGAACCCAGUUCAAAUCUAGCAAAGAAGCAAUUGGUAUUUUUAAUGGACAACCUUACCACAGCCAGCCCAUAGCUUUGUCUUUCAUGAUGAACGCAAUCCUCAAACAUUUUACAUCUCAGGAUCAUUCCAUUACCACUAUCAACAACCCUCUUCCUCUUGAUGCAAAAAAGACAUCACGCAACACACUUUCAGUUGUAUCUGGACUCGGCUUUUCUGUGGCGUUUUGUCUUAUCUUUGGCAUGGCCUUCCUAACGUCAUCAUUCGUCCAUUUCCUUGUCAAGGAGAGAUUGGUGGGCGCCAAACAUCUUCAGACUGUCAGUGGGGUUGGAUCAUUUGUCUUCUGGUUGUCCAACUUUGUCUGGGACUACAUCAACUACCUGAUUCCAUCCCUGUUGCUGCUGGUUGUGUUUGCAGGAUUCCAGUCGCCAGCAUAUACAGAAGAUGGGAGAUUAGGCAUCGUGUUCCUCAUCCUGCUUGUGUAUGGUUUGGCAGUUCUGCCCUUCAUGUAUGCUCUCCAGUAUAUGUUCAAGUCCCCUCCAACCGGGAUGGUUGUCAUCAUCAUCUUGAACAUUAUCACAGGUCUUGCAACUCUUUUAACAGCAUUUAUGCUGACCACCCUACAAAAGACAUCUGAGGCUAAAGUCGCAGACUGGAUAUUUCUACUAGUUUUCCCUCACUACAAUUUUGGGAAGUCCUACAUGGAUAUGUACAGCAACUAUCAAACCCUUGACAGCUGUAUUAAGAAAAACUACACAUCACUUUGUGCAACAACAACAGGGGGAGAACCAUGCUGUAAAGAUUCAUGUGGAGAUUACUGUUUUCAAUUCACUGAAAACUUCCUGGAUUGGGACUCCCCGGGAGUGGGACGCUAUGUUGUCUUUAUGCUGUUCCAGGCAGUGGUUUAUAUGUCUGUGACACUGUUCAUUGAGUAUCAGAUACCACAGAGAAUCUGGUAUGCCUUUAGACCACAGGAAACAGAAAUACCACAGCCCGGUGCAUCGUCCCUCAGUCCAAUUCAACACGUUCCAGAGGAUGGAGAUGUUCUCAGUGAAAGGCAACGCAUUGAUGAAUUACCCAUUGGAGACGGGAACUCAGAUGCACUGGUCCUGAAGGACGUUUACAAACGAUACGGGAACUUCGUUGCUGUUGAUCAUCUGAGUGUGGGCAUACCAGAGAAGGAGUGUUUUGGUCUCCUUGGACAAAACGGUGCAGGAAAGACAACCACAUUUAAAAUGAUUACUGGAGACGUCAUGCUGACACGUGGAAAUGUUUUCUUACAGUCUUUCGACAUCAAGAAUCACACCCAAAAGGUGCAAGAGAACAUGGGCUACUGUCCCCAGUUUGAUGCCCUAAUUGAUCAGAUGACAGGACGAGAGACUCUCACCAUGUACGCCAGACUCAAGGGAGUGCCGGAGAGCCGCAUCAAAGGAGUCUGUGACAACCUGCUGGAUAUCAUGAUGCUCAGGCAGUAUUCAGACAAACCAAUAUCGGAGUACAGUGGUGGUAACAAGCGUAAGCUGAGCACCGCCAUCGCUCUGGUUGGAGACCCAGCCUUCAUCAUGCUGGAUGAGCCGUCCACAGGGAUGGACCCCAAGGCCAGGAGGCAGCUCUGGAACGUCCUGUCAAAGGUCCGGGAGUGCGGCAGGACCCUCGUGCUCACGUCUCACAGCAUGGAAGAAUGUGACGCUCUGUGUACAAGAAUUGCCAUUAUGGUGAAUGGAAGAUUUGUGUGUCUUGGAACACCACAACAUUUGAAGACCAAAUUCGGCCAGGGCUACACACUGAUAGCUCGGAUGAAAACAGUUGAAACUCAACCAGGAGUAUCAGAAGAAAGAGCUCCCGCUCCAACAGAACCACUUGUGAACUUCAUCACUUCAUCCUAUCCCAACACCCACGUGUUCGACGACCAUCAGGGCUAUGUUCACUUCCAAGUUCCUUACAACGCCGUCAGUCUCGCCCAGGUCUUCACAGUGAUGGAACAAUCCAAGGUGCAGUUCUCUGUCGAGGACUAUUCAGUUCACCAAACAACCCUGGAACAAGUGUUCCUCUCAUUUACACGAUGGCAGAUUCCACCAAAGGAGGAUAAAACAAGCCUUUGCAAGAGAAUAUGUUGCUGCUGUUGAGGGAUUUUAGAAUAAUUGUACAUUAUAGUGAAUAACAUCACAGUUGACAAAUAUGAGAGACAUGGCCAAGUAAUGGUUAUGUACUCUAGAUCUUAUACAGGUUUUCCAAAUAAUCCAAAUCUUAGCUUUAAGGUUUCUGAUACACAAAUGUAUUCCUAAGCUAUUAUCACAACAUAUCAUCAUGCCAUGUGUGCCAUAUUUACAAUCCAAUGUCGUUAAACGAUGGUAUCAGGGUAAACAACCUUCCAGAAUGUAAUAUUGUUUUUUAACAUAUGUAUCAAAACAUAUAUUCGCAUGCAUACAUGUAUAUUACAUAUCUGUGUAUGCUUAUGUAGCGAGUCGAAAGGGAUGAUAAGAGAUUUUCAGUUACUUUUAUUCUGAACUAUUAAGAAGGAAUCUUUUUUCUGAUUAAGGUUUUCCAAUGGCGACAAAAAACGUAACGAUUUACUAAAUUUGAAAAAGUUAGAUAGUUCAUUAGAAAACAAAGGGAGUCUUGUUUUCAGAAUUUUAUGUUGAAGAGCAAGUCUUAUGGAAAAAAUAUAACUAUGCAGAAUUGGAUAGAUCGUAACAAUGUUAAUACAAAUAUCGUAUUCAAAAUAUCUAAAAAUGUUUAUUUGCACUUCAGUCCAGUCUGUCAAUUUCAAAGGUUGAAGUAAAAAUACUGCAGAGGCAGAUAUAGAGGCUCCAUGUAUGGUCAUGUUGGGGGUAACUUCAAAAGUUACACGUUUGAUCGCACAAGGCCGUCCCUCUCGUUCGCACCCUAGCAAGCAAGCCUCCGUCAACGGUCAUGGUUUGCUGCACACGUUCUCGGCAAAGCAACCUCUUCUUUACUCUUUCUAACUCUAAGACAUUCUCCUAUCCACAAUUAAACACUGGCCAUUUGUACAUUGUACUUCCCUUCGCAUGAGUGGAUCCGGAGAGCGGAAGGUCCGCGUCAUACCAAAGACGUUAAAAGAUGGUACUUGUUGUUACCCUGUCUGGCGCAGGGCAUAAAGGGGAUAAAACAAGGACUGGUCGGCUCGGAGUCAGU